AUGGAGAGCAACAUGAGCGCACACGUGUAUCCGGGCGUCUGUGACCCGUCCACCAAACACCCGCACCGGGCGGCUCUGAUUCUGGCACGCGGUGGCAGUAAAGGAAUACCGUUGAAGAACAUCAAGGUUCUUGCUGGAGUUCCUCUCAUCGGAUGGGUCGUGAGAGCUGCUCUGGAUUCAGAUGUCAUUGACAGUGUUUGGGUGUCUACUGAUCAUGAUGAGAUUGAACAAGUUGCUCGAAUCUGUGGUGCAAAAGUUCACCGGCGCAGUCCUGAAGUUUCCAAAGACUCCUCCAGCUCACUGGAGACCAUCAAAGAUUUCAUCUGGCAUAGAUCUGAGGUGGACAUUGUUUGCCAUAUUCAGGCAACUUCCCCAUGUCUGCACCCGUUUCAUAUCACUGGAUCUCUGCAGAUGAUCACUGAACAGGGUUAUGACUGUGUGUUCUCAGUUGUGCGCAGACAUCAGUUUCGCUGGACUGAGGUGAAGAAAGAGGGUGAACGCACGAAGCCUCUGAACAUCAAACCAGGAUACAGAAAACGACGUCAAGACUGGUCCGGGGAGCUCUAUGAAAACGGAUCUUUCUACUUUUACACAAGAGAAGCUGUGGAAAAGGGCCUUCCGGAGGAGCUGAAGUGGGGCUACUAUGAGAUGCUCCCAGAAUACAGUGUUGAUAUUGAUGUGGAUAUAGAUUGGCUGGUGGCUGAGCAGAGAAUUUUGAGGUUUGGAUAUUUUGGAGAAAAAAAGAAAACAGAGAUAAGGUUGUUUCUGUGCAGUGUUUCUGGCUGUCUGACAAAUGGUCAGAUAUACGUGUCUGUUUCAGAGGAGCAGUUUGUUGCCAUCAAUGGUCGAGACCUGGCAGGAAUUCGAAUGCUACAGAGGGAAGACAUUGAGGUGAUUCUUAUAUAUAAUGUGAAUGAGACGGUGUCCAAAGAUCUGCUGGAGACCAUUUCUAAGCAGACAGGCUGUCACAUUAGACUCGUGACGGAGAAGAAAGAUCUGGAGUGUCUGAUGACCGAGAAAAACAUGCAGAAGGAUGAGGUGGCCUUCAUGGGUAAGAUUCACAUUAAUGGUUACAGGUGCAGAAUGUGA